CUUUGUAAAUAAAAAGGUACACGGUCAAUCUUUUUUAUAUCUUUUUAUACCCUUUUCUUUUUGAAAAAUAUGCUUACCCACAUAAAAGACUUUAUUCGAUUAAAGAAAGAAGAAUAUAGAACUAGACAUAUUAAUAACACCAUCAAUCAUAGUUCACAUCAACAACACCUCAUGGAAUCUCGCACUGUACCAAAACAACAAGCACUCAAUGAUAGAUUUGAUCUGCAUCGUAAGCAAAACAACAAUACAGACUAUGCUACCGUACCAAGAUCAGUCUCAGUAAAAGAAAUUAAAAGAUCAUCCAAUGCAGCUGAAGAACUGGCAACGAUGGUCAUGGAACAGAAUAAUAAAAAAAGGAAUCAAUUGCCUCAUAAUGAAUUAGAUCGGUUCAAGAUUCUCAAAAAGAUUGGAGAUGGUGCAUUUUCAAACGUCUAUGCUGCUCGAGAUAUAGUAACAGGCAAGAAAGUAGCGAUUAAAGUAGCGCAAAAGCCAAAAGCUGGAAAAAAUAAUGGUCAUCGACACUUACAUUCAAGUAUCCAAAAGAAACCAAAGGCCACUGAGCGUGCUAGCAUUCUAAAAGAAGUACAGAUCAUGCGAAAUAUUCGACACCCAAAUAUAGUGCAGCUUAUUCAUUAUACGGAAACAAAGGAUAAUUACCUCCUUACCAUGGAGCUCUGUGAGGGUGGUGAACUAUUUCACCAAAUUGUUAAAUUAACUUAUUUCAGUGAAGAGCUCUCUCGUCAUGUCAUAACUCAAGUAGCUGCUGCCGUAAAAUACCUUCAUGAAGAAUGCGGCGUCGUACACAGGGAUAUCAAACCUGAAAAUAUCUUGUUUGAUCCGAUACCCAUUAUACCUUCCAAGCAUCGUAAGCUUCGUCCGACAGACAAUGAAAGCAAGAUUGACGAAGGAGAGUUCAUCAAAGGCUACGGUGGUGGUGGUAUCGGCCGAGUGAAGCUGGCUGAUUUUGGGCUUUCUAAAGUUAUUUGGAACAAUCCGACAUUCACCCCUUGUGGUACCGUAGGCUACACUGCUCCAGAGAUCGUAUGUGACCAACAGUACUCUAAAUCCGUUGACAUGUGGGCCAUUGGCUGCGUGCUCUAUACAAUCCUAUGUGGUUUCCCUCCGUUCUAUGAUGAAUCAAUUCAAAGCUUAACAGACAAGGUCGCAAGAGGCGAAUUUACUUUCCUGAGUCCUUGGUGGGAUACGAUAGGCCGUAGUGUGAAAGAUCUGAUACGUCAUCUACUUUGUGUCGACUCUAAAAAGAGACUAACCAUUGACGAAUUCUUUAAUCAUCCUUGGAUAACAGAGAAGGAAGAAGGUACUAAACCAAGCACAGGUUUGCAGCCUUCUACCCGAGAACAGAUCCGAUUGAACCAGGCGCAUAAAUACCAACCAUACUGCCAUGGAGAACAAGAGCUUACUCCACCAAAGGAUCAAGAAGAUGACACAGUCAUGGUCGAAGCGCCCUAUUCAACACCUGAUGCUGCUACUCUGCGUGAAAUAUUUGAUGUUACCUAUGCCGUGCAAAGAAUGGGCGAAGAGCAACCAGAUGCAAAGCAUCAUCAUAAUCAGACACAUCACGAGCAAUCACUGAAUAAAACAGUAGCUAAUAAACAUGUACCGGUGCCACAGACCCAGCAAAACCAACACUUACCCAUUGCCCAGAAACUUGCACAGCAUAGUCGAGGGGUGGCAAAUCCAAUGCAUUAUCAACACCAGCAACAGCCGUACCCUCACCAGUCUGGAGCAAGCCCUGUGGCAGGACCUACACUAGCACUGAAUGAGUUCAAGCUGGAUAUGAAUAAGGCGACCUUAUUAAAAAAUCGUAAAGGCAUGAUGAAAGCCCAAGUGUAAAUUUCCUUUUUUGUACAAUAAACUUUGUGUGUGUAAUUAUCGGUCAUUAAAAU